AUGUCUGUUGAUUCCCCAAAGUAUCGUCAAAAACUUAAACUUUCGGCUUUGCAUAUAUUUUGGAUAUUCUUAUACCAUGCCUUCAUUUCGUUUUCAUUGAGGACUCAGGAAAGCCCAGAUGAGUGGUGGCAAUCCGCUGAAGUUGCGUACUACCUCGUCUUUGGAAAGGGAGAACUAACCUGGGAGUGGAGGGAGGGUAUUCGAUCAGUAUGUUUCCCCUUAUUGUAUGCGAUUCCCUUUUACUUACUGAAAAUAAUCGGAACAGACACAGCUUUUAUGGUGUAUGCCGCGGAAAGAAUUGUGCAAGCAAUCAUUGCAACUGGCAUUAGUUACACCAUUUUUUCAUUAGGCGCUAUAAUCGAUCAUGCGCUUGACGAAGACCUAAGAAAUGUAGAUUCGGAUGCAAAUAAAGAUGAUUACAGACUAGUAACCCAUUUGAAAGAUUUAUUGCUUUCAAUCAAGGCAUGGCCACGACAGAAUGCGCACAAAAACCCCACAUCCUUCAUUAUCUGUCCCUCAGUUGCCUGGACGGCUUUGUACUUCAGUCUAACACAUGGGUACCUCAUUUGUGACGGCGCCCGCGCCUACUCUAAUGUUGCGGAGGCACUUUUUAUCAUGCUUGCCCUCAUUCAAAUAGAAAAUGAAAUUCGGUUCCUCAUAUUCGCCGAUUUAGCCUGCAUGUUACGCGUCACAUCUGCGAUAACGUUAUUCCCCAUUUUUAUAUUUCACGUUGUGCGUCUGGGGCGAAGCUACGGUCGAUGUCGCAUUCUGCGUUAUUUAGCUCAAACUUGUUUUGCUGUUGCGAUCACCAUUCCCUUCAUGGCCACGCUGGAUUAUAUGCUUUACCGCCGGUGGAUUUUCACCCCGCUGCAGUUUUACAAGUACAACGUGUCUAUGAACAUUAGCACUUUCUAUGGUACUCAUAUGUGGGGUUGGUAUUUUAUCGCGGGCAUACCCGUUAUCUUAGGGCCACACAUCGUCCUGUUAGGCUUUUUACCAUCUGUUCUGCAUCGAUUAUCUAAGAAUAUCAUCGAACGUAGACGAAGUAAAGCUGUAAAGAUUGUGUGCUGCUUAGUAAGCUUAGUGAUGUGGAAUACGACCUUACAGAGCUUUAUUAAGCACAAGGAAAUGCGCUUCAUGUACCCAAUGCUACCCCUUUUUGUAAUAUUGGGAAGCUUUGUCGUUUCCUGCAGUGCCCGUCUGGCCAAGAGAUGCAAACCAGUAAAACCUCUUGCCUAUUCAGUUUGCCGAAUUCACUUCUUCUGCAUAUUGGUGAAUUUGUUGCUGCUUCUAUUCUUUUGUUAUGGUUAUCGACGAGGGGGUGUUACAGUGAUGCGCACAAUCCGUCAAUCCCCGAUUUCGUUUACGCAUAUUGAUGCGAUCGUCCCCUGUCACACCACGCCGGGAUAUGCUCAGAUUCACGGCAAGGUUGAGCUCUUUCAAAUCCUGGAUUGCUCAAUGGAGUUGGAUCCAUUGCUCAAAACACCCAAGAUCACCGAGGACGCUCUUUUUCGUGAAAACUCGGAGCUUUUUGUCCAUUGGCGCUACGAUCGCAGGCUGCCAAAGGAACUACACAAUACUCAGACAUCGAAGGAUUCAUCUCAGACAAACAAAUGGAUCUCAAAUCUGGAAGAACUCAUGCCGAUAAACGAAAAGCCGGCUUCGUUACCGCAGGGCAUUAUAAUAUUUACGCACUUGGCUGAAAAGUUGCGUAAGGGUUUUCUUGAGCCACACAACUUCACAUUGCACACGCGAGCAUUUCAUGCGGUGAAGUCCCUCGAACCCUAUGAAGAUUCCUAUAUUGAUUUGUGGGUGAGAAAGUAA